AUGUCGAUGGCGGUGGCCUCCUCCCUCCGCUCCCUGGCGCGCCGCCGACCCCGCCUACGCUUGCCCGCUGCACCGCUCGUCGUCCCCGGCGGCCGCGCGGCAUUACUCUCCGGCGCGGCCGAGGAGGCGGCCCCGCUGGCUGCUGCGGAAGCGGCGGCGGCGCCGCCGCCUGCCCUGGGUCGGAAGGUGCUAGAGAGCUUCCGGGAGGAGUUCGAGAUCGGGGGGCGCUCCAUCGCCUUCGAGACGGGAAAGAUGGCGCGCUUUGCCAACGGCUCCGUGGUGAUCUCCAUGGAAGACACCCAUGUCCUCUCAACCGUCGCCGCCGCCAAGUCCUCUGAGCCCGUUCGGGACUUCCUCCCACUAACUGUUGACUAUCAAGAGAAACAAUAUGCUCAAGGUGUUAUCCCCACAACAUAUAUGCGCAGGGAAGGUGCUCCUAAGGAAAGAGAACUCCUGUGUGGGCGUAUAAUUGAUCGGCCAAUAAGACCAUUGUUUCCUCCUGGCUUUUACCAUGAAGUUCAGAUCAUGGUAAAUGUUCUUUCAUCAGAUGGAAAGCAAGAUCCAGAUGUAAUGGCUGCAAAUGCCUCUUCAGCUGCACUAAUGCUAUCUGAUAUACCUUGGAAUGGGCCGAUUGGAGUAAUACGUGUAGGGAGAAUUAAUGGGACUUUUGUCUUAAAUCCCACAGUGGAUGAGCUAGGUUUGAGUGAUCUCAAUCUUGUUUAUGAAUGUUCACGGGAUAAAACUUUAAUGAUAGAUGUACAAGCUUGUGAAAUAACUGAGAGGGAUCUUCAGGCAGGAAUGAAGCUUGCACACUCUGAGGCAAUUAAAUGUAUCGACCCUCAAAUAAGGUUGGCUAAGCGAGCUGGCAAAGAGAAGAAAGAAUACAAGAUAUCACUGAUUUCAGAUACAUCCUAUGAGAAAAUUAGAACAUUCUCAGAAGCACCCAUUGAGGAAGUCUUCACUGAUUCAUCAUAUGGCAAGUUUGAACGGGGGGAAGCUUUAGAAAAGAUCACACAAUCUAUGAAGGCAAAGCUUGAAGAAGAAAAUGAUGAGGACAGCUUGAAGUUUCUUCAUAAGGCAGUUGACACAGUGAGAAAACAGGUUAUACGUAAAAGAAUAAUUGAAGAGGGACUUAGAGUAGAUGGUAGACAACUAGAUGAAGUGAGACCAUUGUAUUGUGAAUCCAACACAUAUCCAGUAUUACAUGGGUCUGCCCUGUUUUCUCGUGGAGACACGCAGUUACCCUUGGUGCUCCUGGCGAUGCUCAGCGGCUGGAUUCAAUUGUUGGCCCUCCAACAAAACGUUUCAUGCUUCACUAUAGCUUUCCCCCAUUUUCAAUAA